CUCCGCAUUUUUUAAUUGGGGCACCGUCCGCACAACCUCGACCUUCCUUCAUCUUCUCCUCCCGUUUUCUUGGGUUUUCUUGUAGGAUUGGGACAUUUCCAAAGUUAUACCCCAAGGCUCUUUAUCACGAACGGUUCCUCCUUGCUUGACUACCUUUUACCGUCACCCUUUCGAAAGCACGAGAAGCUGCCUGGACCUGAUUCCCUUUGUCUCAGAAUGUCCGCGACUGCCCAACACCGAUACACUAUGCCGACACCUUCUAUCCUCACCCACCAACAGCAGCAACAGCAGUACAGCUCCGAGGCGAUUGCUAGUGUGCAGCUGUCCGAAUACCAACGUAUCCGCAAUAGUUUUGGCGCGGGAGCAGUCGCCUUAGCCUCGUCCUUUGCGGUCAUGCACCCGCUGGACACUCUCAAGACCCGCAUGCAGGCUGCGGCCGGGUCUGGACGGAAUACGAAUAUGAAGGGCCUAUUUAAUGUUGAAACAAUGAGAGUUUUGAGAAGAGGCUUUUUGGCCAGUGUUUUGGGCGCCGGACCGCAGGGUGGUCUACGAUGGGCAACAUAUGAAGUUUGCAAAAGUCACAUCACGUCAGCUUCCAGUGCGUCAACCGCAAAUACCUCUCUCCUUCCCUCCUUUGGCUUCAUGGCUACAUCCGCAAUCUCUGCCAUAGCUGGUGACUUUGUGUCUUCCAUAGUCAAAGUUCCACGCGAGGUUAUCACCGCCCGUCUGCAAACAGGCCACUACGACAAGUCAUCGCAAGGCCGUGCGACCGCCAUAUAUGCUUUCCGAAUGAUUUUGAAGGAAGAAGGGCCAGCGGGCCUGUUUAGAGGCUUCUGGAGCACGACAGCUCGGGACUGGCCUUUCAUGGCCAUCCUUUUCACUACAUAUGACACCUUGAAGCAGUUCCAUCACCGUCUCUCUCUUCCCUCUUCCUCCUCCUCCUCGGUGCCACCAACCUACAUGCUCGACCCAAUGGAACCGCAGGAAGUAUCAAUUACAACCGUCAAAUCAACCCUAUUUGGAGGCGUGGCCGGUGCCUUGGCAGCUUUCCUCACAACCCCCUUUGACGUAAUCAGAACCAAGAUUAUGACAAGAGCCGAUCACUCAAAAGUUACUAUGGGGCAGAUUGCCCGGGAAAUAGUUGGGGACCAAAGACGAGUUUUGGUCGAACAGGGACGAGUCGUGGGGCCACGAGUUUAUACUGCAUUCUUUACGGGUGGACUGGCGCGGUCGACCUGGUGGUUCUGUGUUUGUUCCAUGUUCUUCCCAAUUUAUGAACGGAUGAAGGAGGUUUUUGAUGAUAUGUCAGCUUGAUUCUUAUAUUUGAUAAAUAUAUGAUGCGGAUUGACUAGUCUGUGUGAAGCA